AUGUCGUCGCCCACAGAGGGCCAGUCUUCCAGUACGUGGUCAGAGCCACCAUGGUCAGGAUGGAUAGAGACCACAGGAGACGCCCUCCUCAUCCUCGAGGCUGCCCGUCGAGGCCUUAUCCCGCGUGUUACACGCCGCUUAGUCGACUCGGAACGGAAGAUGAUCACCUCCGGCUCGGUCUUCGUGUUUGACGAGGACGAGAGUGGCAUCAAACGAUGGACAGAUGGGUUCUUCUGGAGUCCGAGCAGAAUACUAGGCAACUUCCUUCUCUACCGAGAGACAGAGAAGAAGGGGCAAGGACAUAAGGGACCGAAGAACGCUACCCACGAAGGGCAGCAAGAUCCUGAGACAUCGCAGACACAAUUCGCCAUCGAGGGCGCCAAACCGAACGAAGGUAGCCAGACGCUCAGCCGACCUCGCAGCGAGUCGAAUAGGCUGGGGAUCGAUCGCCAUCGAGAGAGGAGUUUGGUGGGCAGUUUGACGAACAGUUACAAGUUCAAGCCGGGAGGCAUGAUGAAGAAGACUUUCUCGUUGACCAUCAACGGUGUCUCACAACAUCUCAUUUCCUAUUACAAAGUCGAGGACGUCGAGCAAGGCCGUCUUCGAUGUCCCUCGUCAUAUCCCGAGCUAGCAUCACUCGAAAUCAGUCCAGAAUACCUUGACAAAGCCCUCUUUCGCAACCCUCCAAAAACAGAGCAAGGUCCAGAUGGCCUUCCACGAUACCGUGGCGAGGCGGAUGAUGUA